UAAGCCUUGUCAGCGCUAGUGGAGCAGGAUGGAUGCUCCGGUUGUGAUGCAACAUUUAAAGACUUGAUAGACAGCUAAAUAUCCACGUGAUUCAGUCUCGAAAUGGGAAAAGGCUGUAAAGUUGUGGUGUGUGGCCAGGCAGCAGUUGGAAAAACUGCCAUACUGGAGCAGCUGCUGUACGGAAAUCACACCGUCGGCUCUGAGUCCAGCGAGACCCAGGAGGAUGUGUAUGUGGCCUCAGUGGAAACUGACCGCGGCGUGAAGGAACAGCUGAGGCUUUAUGACACCAAAGGUCUCCACGAUGGACAGGACCUCCCCAAACACUACUACUCAGUGGCAGACGGCUUCGUCCUCGUCUACAGCGUCGACAGCUUGGAGUCUUUCAAGAAGGUGGACGUUCUGAAGAAAGAAAUAGAAAAGUCCAGAGAUAAAAAAGAGGUGACCGUCAUCGUGCUGGGGAACAAGACGGACCUGCGGGAGCGCCGUCAGGUGGACCAGGAGGUGGCGCAGCAGUGGGCGCGAGGCGAGAAGGUGAAGCUGUGGGAGGUGAGCGUCACCGAACGCAACUCCCUCAUCGAACCCUUCACCCAGCUGACCAGCCGCCUCACGCAGCCUCAGAGCAAGUCUGCCUUCCCUCUGCCGGGGCGCAAAAGCAAAGGCACCCCGUCCAACGACAUCUGAAACUCUGAAGAUCCCCUCGCUCCCCUGCGCUGCUGUCAGCAGGCUGCAUUCACCUCAUAUUGGACUAACCAGCAGGACAGCAUGGCAAGGGUCUUCAGCUUAGCAACAUGACUUUGGUUGCCUCUGUGUAAAUAUACAGUUAGAUACAGAGACAACAUAGUUUUAGUGGACUCGUUCAGCAUUUUGGGGAAUAUGCUUGUUUGCUGUCGUUCUGAGAGCGAGGUGGGAAGAUGGAUAUCAAUCUGUCUGUUAAGUGCUGAGCUGGGGUCAGAACACGGUUAGCCUAGCUUAGCAUUAAGACUGUCAGCAGGGGGAAGCAGCUUGCCUGGCACUAUGAGAAGGGAGAGACUAUGCCUACCAACACCUCUAAAGCUUUUUGCUUAAUGCGUACACACACGGAAAUCAACAUUUCAUGAUUGUAAGGGUUUUGGUGUUGAUCUCUGUAUGGACAUAUUGGGACCAGACCUGGCAACCUCACUGUGAUGACAAGACACUGUGAAGCUGCUUACUGCUGUUUUUCGCUCAGAAAUAAAAAUAGUUGGAUGUAGAGGGACUAAUGAGGUGCAGUGACGGUUUGCAGCUUCCUGAAGUGUCAUCCCAGUGAGGUUGCCAGGUUUGGUAAACACUAUGCUGUUACAGAGACCAAAGAAUAUAUCUGAGCUAUAGUUGCACAGGGGUGCUGGGCAGAUGGAUAAACUGUGCCACUCUCCUCCCGUUCAUUUUUGCAUUUCUGUUCAUUUGAGUUAAAUUGGAUCGCUUGUGAACAGUGAGCUCUGGAGGUGCUGUUACUCAUAUUUUUGAACUUUUGACAGGGCCAGGCUUGCUUUUUCUCUACCUUCAGUCUCUAUGCUAAGCUAGGCUAAUCAUGUCAUUACUCCAGCUCUGUAUUUAACACACAGACAUGACAUUGAUCUUCUCAUCUCACCUACAGAAAGAAAGCAAACAAGUACAUUUCCCAACGUGUUAACUUCUCCAAUCAGAAUGCAUGUUGUAGUUUAUCUUUCACAGCAAACCAAACGUAAGUGUCAAAUCUACAUCUGUAACAUCUCUUUUCUGUACAGUGUGUUUGACACGUUAGUGUCGAGUCAAGUCUUUUUUUUUCCUUCAAUCCAUCGUAGCAUGGGCAAGCACUUUAGUACCAAAGAUUUGACACAACCCAGACACAGAUCUUACGGAUUUACACUUUAGAAUUUUGAAAUAAUGUGUUUUGUUCACUGUCACUCUUCAACUGAAAUGUGUAUGGCAUUCCAAGUGAAAUGAUAAGUUCUACUCUAUCUCACAUUAAUACAAUAGUCACAGGCCCAUAUUCGGAUUUAAAGAGUUAUUAGUUGUUGUAAUCAUCCCUACUCUGUCUCAAAGAGAUUCCAAUCUAGAGCUACUACAGUGAAAGAGGAAUCUGCAGUCCACUUGUCUGAUUCAUACUGUUGAUGCCUGUUAGCUUUGGUGAAUGUGAAAUGUGAUUUGCGCUGGGAAGGGAGCUCUUAUGGCUGGUACGGACAGGGUGAAUGAUUGUAGCAGCCUGUGACUCUUUCAGUGUGCAUACAGGCAUGUGAUAGUUGUACUAGAACAGACUUGAGAAAUUUGAAACUGUCCUGUAAACUCUGUCAGUGUUUUCAAACAGGAAUCUUGUAGCAAUGUAAUUUCCCAUCUGAUGUGAAUGCAGCAUGAAUCCUUGACCCCUGGCAGGACUCAGCUAGCCUUCGUGCAGUCCAUCUCAUAUAUCAAAUAUGGCCUGGCAGCAAUAAUCUUCAUGGUACUGCUUUUACUUGUAAGAGUCUUUAAGUCUGUCUGGCAUUAGUUGCAUCCCUGCGUCGUCCAGCCUGUGUAAUCACACAGGGCUGCUAGUUAAAGCUGUGUGUACGUCUUUCUAACAGUAGAAACGUCAGUGUUGAGAGGAAAUAUUUAUUUUUCAACUAAUUUAUUUUUGUCACUUUAAUGAGCCACAUUCCUUGACUUUUUGAAAAUUGAGAAACAAUGUGAAGGAUGAUCUGCGCUGUUUCCUGUCCUUAAUGUUUCAGAGUAAUAACAUUUCAUGUGCUGCUAGUAGAACAGAGUUAGUGAGAUCAAGACUUGCACUCUGUAUUCAUGCUAACCCUAAAUUAUUCUCUGCUCUGUAACUGUCUGAAGAUGCACUGAAUAAAAUGUAGCU